AUGGAUGCAACUACUAUGACUUCACAAAAUCGGCCAUUUUCAAUCAAACUGUGGCCUCCUAGCCAAAACACUAGGCAAGUCCUUGUGGAGCGGAUGAUAAACAAUCUUUCAACUGAAUCUAUUUUCACUCAAAAGUAUGGAAUUCUGAACAAGGAAGAUGCUGAAGACAAUGCAAAGUACAUUGAAGAGAAGGCAUUUCUCACAGCAGAUCAACAUCACGAAAACGAGCCUGAUGGUGAUGGAGGUUCUGCGGUGCAGCUAUACGCAAGAGAAUGCAGUAAGCUUCUCCUACAAGUUCUCAAAGGAGGUUCUAUUAAAAAGGACAAGGAAAAUCAUAUUGUCUCCAAUGAAACUUUUUUUGAUAUAUCUAAAGGUAAACGAGCCUUUAUUGAAGCUGAAGAGGUUGAAAAACUUCUAAAGCCAUUACAGGAGCCAGGGAAUUCUUAUUCAAAGAUUUGCUUCAGCAAUAGAAGCUUUGGUUUAGAAGCAGCCCAAGUUGCUGACCCCAUUUUGGCUUCACUUAAAAGCCAGUUGAAAGAAGUAGAUCUAUCAGAUUUGGUUGCUGGGAGACCUGAGGCAGAAGCUCUGAAGGUGAUGAAUAUAUUUUCAGAAGCUUUGGAAGGCAGUGUUUUGAAGUCUCUGAAUCUCUCAAACAAUGCCUUGGGUGAGAAAGGUGUUAGAGCUUUCGGAGCGCUUCUUAAAUCACAAUCUCAGUUGGAGGAGCUCUAUUUGAUGAAUGAUGGAAUCUCCGAAGAAGCUGCUCGAGCAAUUUGUGAGUUGAUUCCUUCUACGGAGAAACUUAAAAUCCUUCAUUUUCACAAUAAUAUGACAGGAGAUGAAGGAGCAGUGGCUAUCUCUGAGGUUGUGAAACGCUCUCCUCUGUUGGAGGACUUUCGUUGCUCCUCUACGAGAGUUGGUGCCGAAGGAGGAGUGGCCUUAUCUGAAGCUCUAGCUACGUGUACCCAUUUAAAGAAGCUUGAUUUGAGGGACAAUAUGUUUGGUGUGGAAGGUGGAAUUGCAUUGAGCAAAACACUGUCCAACCACGCAUACAUGACAGAAGUUUACUUGAGUUACAUUAACAUGGAAAAUGAGGGUGCAGUUGCUAUAGCCAACACUCUCAAGGAAUCAGCUCCUUUACUUGAAGUUUUGGAUAUGGCUGGUAAUGACAUAACUGUUGAAGCUGCUCCUGCCCUUGCAGCUUGUAUAUCUUCGAUGAAGCAUCUCAGUAAGCUGAACUUGUCUGAAAAUGAACUCAAAGAUGAAGGUACUAUUCAGAUAGCCAAUGCAUUAGAAGGUCACUCAAAGUUGACUGAAGUUGAUAUGAGUACUAACUUAAUAAGAAGAGCUGGGGCUCGUCUUUUGGCUCAGAUUGUGGUCCAAAAGCCUGGUUUCAAGUUGUUGAACAUCAAUGGAAAUUACAUCUCUGAUGAAGGGAUUGAUGAGGUGAAGGAUAUUUUCAAGAAAACUCCUGAUCUUCUUGGUCCUUUGGAUGAGAAUGAUCCUGAGGGAGAAGAUGCUGAUGCUGAUGAUGAUGAUGAUAAUGAUAAUGAAGAAGGUGGUGAGGAUGAAGAUGAAUUAGGAUCAAAGCUGAAAAACCUUGAAGUUGAUGAAGCGGACUAGAGGCCCUGUAUUUCAAUUGUUUCUCCAUUAUUAUAGUGUGUAAACCUCAUAGUCAUUAAUAUUGUUUAUUGUUGGAGGCAUUUAAGCAUUAGGAUUGACUGUUCUACUGAAUCUUAUUUUGAGGAAGAGAUGUAUGGGGUAGUUUAGGCAAAGCAUUUUGGAUCUAAAGAUAUCAGUAGGAUUAGUUGUUAGUUAUUUGGUUUAUUGUUCCAUUUUAAGUUGUCUUUUUGGAUUCAACGAGUUUAUUAUGUCAUCAUAAAUCUUGGCAAAAAAAUGGUGUCUUGGAACUUACCAGGGGGUAUUUUAAUAUUUUAAUCUAGUAUUUGCCCUUUUGCUAUACAGCAAAAGUGUCUUGUAUGGGUGUUACCAAUGAUUAUAGAGUAGUUGUAUUUCAGUGUUACUUAUGUUUUACAUAUAUUUGUCAAGCAAUGCCUGCCCUUCGAAAAAAGAAAUUUGGUGUUUGACGAUGUGCCUUGCCCGUCAACCUCUAUGCCUGAAAUAUGUUAGAAUAUUUUUUUUUCAAUUUUUUUUACAUUUGUUAUGCUUAUAAAUCAUCUUUGUAAAUUUUAAAAAAAAUUCAAAUAAAAUACGUUUGAAGUUUUUUGAACACGUGUGGUAAAUUGAAAUAAUAGAAAUUUUGUUUUUGAUACUAUAAAUUAUUCAAAAUUUUUGAAAAAUUUAGGGGAUGAUAUUGUAAUUAUAACGAAUACCGUUAUAAAAAUUUUGAAAAAAAUAUUUCGGCAUGUGAUUUCAAAUAAAAAUUGACCAAAAAUUGUAAUUAGCACUCCUUUAUACCAUCCCAAAAAAACAUGUUAAA